ACACUAAUAAGUGAUUUAGCGCGCGCGUUUAGCAUGCAUGUGCAGCUCAAAGGUCCGUGCAUCGACGACGUCCAUCCGCUCAGGUCCCAGGACGUCAACAUAACCUCAGGGCCUUCCACAUUCUCUUGCAUCAUGCAGACUUUCUCAUUCCAUUGCACUCGCUAUCGAACAUACACAGGCUUCUUAACUUCACAUAAUGGCUCUGCUGAGUACGCGACUCAAUCAAGGACUUGUGGGCAGCCUAACUGAAACUCUUCCACGUCGACCUGUGAGCCCCCCUCCGCCAUACCAGACUCUCGAGCCUGGCGCUCCUAGUACGGACUUGCAGCAUAGGCAAGAGCCUCCACGAUUUGACGAUUCAUUCGAUGCUGUAGCAGAGACGAAGGCUAUACUUUUAGAGCGAUCAACUCCCCGAUCGCAAUUCAUGCAACAAGUGAAGUGGAUUGAGGAGCAAAUCACCCAGCAACGACGUGACUCCGCGGGUCGCAUUCAGACUCACCCUUUCGAUCCAACUCAGGAUAUCGUAAAUAAUGCCGAAAAUAUCGUACGAGCACGAUGGGUCACACAAAAUAUAUGGAAGUCAAGCUGGGGUCCUGCGUGGCCAAGUAAUGCCAAAAGCGGGUGGUCGCAUAAUAUACUACACUCUAAGAAAGGACCAUGGAUCCCCUAUUAAGCUCGCUGGGGUCAUGAAGUCGAAUUAGAACUAGAGGAUAAGCCUGCCGAAGGCGAAGUGGACGUUAAUGCCUCUCGCCCACUAUACCAAUUUAGGUUCCAGGUACAGGCAGAAAAACAGUGGAUUAAA